AUGGUGCACCGAAGAGGCUGCGUCUUGACUGUGUAUGUGUGUACAUACAUACGGGGUACAGGACGUAAUUACCAUCUGUCAUUUAUUGCUCCUGUUCCGUCCGGCGGGCUUCUCACGGCAAGUGGGAUCCUGAUAAGCUCGGAGAAAAAUUACGCGUUUAAGCAAGGCUCUGUAUUUUCUGUUUUUUUUGUGACGGGAAGUGAUGGGGUGAAGCCAGGUGUGUUGGAUGUGCCUUUAGUUCCAAGUUCCAAAAUAAAAGAGUACGAAUUGCUCCGUCCAAUGCGCAUCCAUGUUCUCCGUGCAGCAGAGGCUACCCCAUGCACUGACGAAGUUACCAAGUACUUUGUAUUGAGGUCCCUGUACUCCGUACGGAAUGGAGCAAAAACUCUGGAACCUACUCACUCCACCACUAUUGCCGUCUCUCGGCUGAAGAGCAUAGCGGUGGUACGGUUGAACGGCCAAUGA